AGCGCCAAGUAGGUUUUAUGGUUCACCACUGAACACAAACGAAUUUUUUUUAGGAAAGCACUGCAGCUGGAGAUACAUUUUUUGCCGAUUUAAAAUAGGGCGCACUCGUGAUAGUUUGGGAAAGUUGGGAGUCCAGCGCAGGUUUUAAUCUUGUGUUCACUGAGUAUACUAUCAGAGCAACGAAGUGAACCCUUUCAGUCGCUUAUUGCUUUGAAAACUACCCGAGGUUGGGCAAUCAAAAUCUUCUACGGAAUGAACUCAAAGGUCUAGGGAGCAAAGUUUAAAAAAGGAUCCUUUGACUGCUGCAGUAUUUUGAAGUUUGGAGAGAGUACAUUUACUCGGUAACUACAGUGGCAUGUUAGCAGCCAUGGCGACUAAAGUAUUUUUGUCGUUGUUUGAAUAAACGCAUUAUACAAUGGACACUCAGAGGAACGGGUUCGUCAAAAGAGAGACUUUUAUUCUCUCUGUUGAUGUGGGAACAACCUCCAUCAGGUGCCAUGUGUACGAUAAGAGUGCCAACAUCCGUGGAUCAUGCACCGCGAAGGUGUCCCUUCUGUAUCCUCAACCUGGGUGGGUAGAGAUCGACCCUGAAGAGCUGUGGAAGGGCUUUGUCACUGUAGUUAAAGGAGCUGUUCAAGACUCAGGCUUACAGAUGUGCCAAAUGGAAGGUCUUGGCAUGUCAACCCAGAGAGCAACGUUCAUGAACUGGGACAGGAACACAGGAAAGCCAUUUCAUAAUUUUAUCACCUGGCAGGACUUGAGGGCAACAGAGUUAGUCAGAUCGUGGAACAGGUCCUGCACUAUGAAGUCGGUACAUGUUGUGUUGAAGAUGCUGCAUUUCAUCACCAGGCAGAAAAGAUUUCUUGCUGCAAGCCUGGUAGUUUUUACCACCCAGCAUGUGUCAUUACGCCUUGUUUGGGCCUUAAAAAAUAUCCCUCAGUUAAGGCAAGCAAUCGAAGAUGGCACCUGCUAUUUUGGGACUAUGGACACCUGGUUGCUAUACAAACUCACUAAAGGCACAGUUCAUGCGACAGACUACUCUAAUGCCAGCGCAACAGCAAUAUUUGAUUCUUAUCAGUUGUGCUGGAGUGGAUUUCUUUGCUCGCUCCUCUCUAUACCUCUCUCCAUCCUACCCAGGGUGCAAAACACAAGUCACGAUUUUGGCUCUUCUGAUCCGUCCAUAUUCGGGGUGCCCAUCCCAAUCAUGUCUGUUAUGGCCGACCAACAGGCAGCCAUGUUUGGAGAAUGUUGUUUUGACACGGGUGAUGUGAAAAUCACAAUGGGCACAGGGACCUUCAUGGACAUCAAUACAGGGAAUAAGCCUCACACAUCUGUGGCUGGCCUUUAUCCUCUUGUGGGCUGGAAGAUUGGUGAUGAUGUUGUGUAUCUGGCUGAGGGUAAUGCUGCUGGAACAGGUGCUGCUAUUAAAUGGGCACAGGAUUUAGAGCUCUUUUCCAAUGUAAAGGAGACUGAGGCCAUAGCCACUAGUGUGGAAGACUCAGAUGGAGUGUAUUUUGUCCCCUCGUUCAGUGGACUUCAGGCCCCACUGAAUGAUCCAAAAGCCUGUGCUUCUUUUAUGGGCUUAAAGCCUUCUACAACAAAGAGCCACCUGGUCAGAGCCAUUCUAGAGUCAGUAGCAUUCAGGAACAAGCAGCUCUAUGAUGUCAUGCUCAGAGAAACACGCAUUCCCAUCACUAAAAUUAGGGCAGAUGGAGGUGUAUGCACUAAUGACUUUAUCAUGCAACUGACAGCAGAUCUGUUGGGCUGUAAGAUAGCACGUCCAACUCACUAUGACAUGUCCUGCCUUGGGGCUGCUUUUGUUGCAGGGCUAGGAACAGGCUUGUGGAAGAACCAAGAGGAGCUCAAGAAGCUUCAGAACACUGACCAACUCUUCCUCCCUCAAAGGUGUAAAGCAAAAGGUGACAAGGAAGGGCAAUACAGAGAUGUACUACAGAGUUGGGAGAUGGCUCUUCAGCGGUCCAUGCACUGGUACAACCAGCCCUGAUUAGCUAGUAUACAAGCAAUAAUUCUCUGUGCGUGUGAACAGUGGUGGGGCGAUUCUAGAGUAGCAAGUUUCUAUCUGAGAAAAACAUUUGAACGGCAUGUAUUUCCAAGCUGGAGCUCGUUUUGGAAACUUGCACAUCAACAAUUAGUCAUGGUUUAUUAGUUUUACCUGUUCACAAGGUGUUUUAGAGAUUUACAACUUGUUCUUACAAAUCCAGGUCAAGUUGUGAAUCUAGUGGUAUUAUUAUGACUUGCAGGCUGCAUUAUUAUUCCUACUUUAGAACAAAAGGUAGGUGUAUUUUUUUAUUUUGCCAAUUGCUGAUCCAGUCAAUUAGGCAAUUAAAGGGAUAGUUCACCCAAAAAUUAUAAUUCUCUCAUUUACUCACCCUUAUCCCAUCUCAAACUUGUGUAACUUACUUUCUUCUGUGGAACACAAAAAAUAUAUAUAUAUAUUUUGUUUUAAAUACAAUGUCUGUUUGUCCAUGCAAUGCAAGUGAAUGGUGACCAAAACUUUUAAUCUCCAAAAAGCACAAAGGUGGCAUAAAAGUAAUCCAUAGAACUCAUGUGGUAUAAUCCAUUUUUAUCUCAAGUGAUCCAAUCGGUUUUGGGUGAGAACAGACCAAAAUUAAACUCCUCUUGCUUGUGAAGGUUUAUGAAGUAUAAUCGAUCUUGAAAUCAUGAUUGUGCCAAGAGGACUGCUGAUGUCAAGAUUUAUAGUGUAAAAGGAGUAAUAUUUUGGUUUGUUCUGACCCAAAACCGAUUGGAUCGCUUCAGAAUAAUAUUAUUAAACCACUGGAGUCAUAUGGGCUACUUUUAUGCUGCCUUUAUAGCCUUUUUAUAGGCUAUAGGUUUGUGUUCCGCAGAAGAAAGAAAUGACAUUAGGGCAAGUAAUUAGAGAAUUAUCAUUUUUGGGGAACCAUUCCUUUUAAAAUCAAUGCCUUAUCUAACUACUGUGUUUUUAAAAUGGUAUUGUUGAACAAAUAAUUGUUUUCACUUAACUCGCUAUGUGCCUUACCAGGGGGCUUGUACAAGAGAUCCAUGUUUUGCGCUCACUGAGGUACCUCGGUUACUUGUCUCCCACAGGACAUCAUCUUACCCCUAUAGGAAUAUUGUAAUUGUAUGUGAUCAGUGUUGUUUACAUAAAUGUAAGUGAAACUUCUCUUUCUGACAAUUGAUUUUUAUUCAAGCUGUCAUGCACUAAAGAGUUAAGACUUAUUGUCCAUCAAUUAGGAUCACUACUUUAUUUUAAAAAUGUGAAAUGUCAGAAUAAUUGUAGAGAGAGUGAUUUUAUUUCUUUCAUCACAUUCCCAGUGGGUCGUACAUUUUGUUAUUAUUUGGUUAUCAUUUUCUGGAAUUUUCCAAGCUGCUUAAAGGCACAGUUAACUUAGUCAAUUUAAAGUGAAACAACAUGUCUGUGUCAUGCACACAGUAGAUGUUCUAAACGACUUGCCAAAACUAUAGUUUGCUAAUACGUGUAGUGGCUAAUAUCGGUGUAGUGGUUAAAAAUGUUGUUUUAAUGCCUGGUGUUUUUUCAACCUAAGUGAAUGUAAACUUCUGACUUCAACUGUAUGUACAUUGUGUAGGUUAUAUGUGGUGUUAAUAUCAAAUGUACCUCUUAACACAAAACUACUGUAGAAUGCUGCAAAACAUGGACAAGUUGAUAUCUGAAGGACUACAUUUCCUAAUGUUUUUAAUGUUAUUUUUUUCUGUGAUCCCAAAAAAAAUCAAUCCUGCUAUAUUGUUUAUACACAAAACAGUUUCCACUCUGACAGUUUCUUGUUGAUCCUAUCAACAAUGUCUAUUGACAUCAUGCAUUCAACCGUUGUAAGCAAAUGAUUGAAAAUAUCCACAUGCUAGAAUGUUAUCAUGAUCUUACGAAAAGAACAGGCAUACAUGAUAAUAUAUUGUUAAAGAACCGUUAACAUCAUGCCAUAUUUCAUGUCAAUAUGUGAAACUAGUCAUUUAAAUGAUCCUUUUCAGUGGAAUCUUGUGUGUUUUGUCAUGCAAAUAAAUAAUUUAACGUUUGUACUGCCAGUGCCAAGGCAUUAAUUCGGCAUAGACAAAAUCAAAUGAAAUGAAAAUGCAAAGGAUAUCAAGUAACAAAAUAGAAGAAAAUAGAAAAAAGAAGUAUGCCCUACAACUAUACCCCAACAAACGGGGGUAUGUUCUAUCCUCAUUAAAAAGUUUUACCCUUGAAGAAAUGAAUUGUAAUUUUGAAAUGUAUGUAUAAAAUCAUGACCAACAUGAGAUGGAAGAUUUCAGUAAUAUCACUAACCUUAUAAAAACUAAUUUAAUCUACAUGGAGAGGGUCUCCUCAUGUGGGUGUCCAUGUUGACAUCACAUGACCAGCCAAAUACCACUCACUUAAUCUCAGUAACUGCCCUGUUAUUGGACACAUUCACUCAAGCAUUGAAUUGAUCAUUUGAAUAAAUGUAAAUUUCUUCAAUGACAUAAGUAAUUGUGUAUGAAAGAUGCUGCAUCCUUGCCUAUAGAUGUCAAUGUAAAUCCAUGACGUCAAAACAAAAAAGUAAAAAAAUAAAUUACAAAUGUUCCAGUAUUCCUCCCACAUUGUGCAAGCAUUUGAUUCUGUACAGCAAUAAUGAUUAUUUUAGUGGUGUACAUUUUUCAGAGUAAGCAUUAUAACAAAGUUUGUAAAUGCAUUAAAAUCUUAUAAUGGGCCAGGCUUCAUCACUCAAAUUUUAUAAAACGUAAAAGGGGGUCAUUGGCCUGCAAUAGGUUGAAGCUGAACCUGAAUUACAGGAUUUUAUAUGGUA